GAAAAUGUUCCGCAAAUUGACAGUAGUACCAACAAUUUUCGCUGCUGUGGCUGUUCAGCAAGCUUCCGAACCAGCCAAGCAGCAGGAGGAGAAACCCCAUUACAACUGUAAGCCUAGCGAGCUGCCUUUGUACGCUCCUCUGCAUUCCUUUGAUGCGCCCAAGAGAAAACCACAUCCACCAAAGGAUUCGGAGCUUCGUAGUGCCAUUGAGAGUGGUGUUUGUGCUGUCCGUACUGAAAUUCAAGCUGGCUAUAAAGCCUUAGAAAAACAAACGGACACUGUAAACGAUUACAUUAAUACAGCAAAGGAACACACACAGUCCACCAUCGAUUACUUGAACCAACCACAUAAUGUUAUGCCACGUACUGGAGCCAUAGCUAUGGGCGGCUUAUCCGGUUUCAUUUUUGCUGCUAGAGGUGGCUUUAUUAAGAAGGUAGUAUAUACCACCGUUGGUGCUGGAGCAAUUGCUUCUUUGUGUUAUCCUCGCCAAGCUGAGCAAUUCGCAAAGGACGCUCUCUUCGAAGCUCGCAAGGGCUAUGCUAUUGCCUACAAUUUCGUAAAGGGUGUUAAGCCGGGCGAGGAAGUGCCAGUAGAGCCCAUUAGCAAAUUCCCUACCACUUUGGAAGAUGUGAAGUUUAUGGUAUUCGAUUUAUACGACGAAGCCAAAGAGGCUUUAUUCCCUAAAAACAAAUAGU